AUGGCUCAUUCGUUUGACACGGCAAGCAAAGACAUGACGAAUGGGGCUCAACCAAGUGCCCAGCCAGGGUCCUCGGGCACCUCUACUCUGCCACGCUACCUGCACAAGAAACAGCAGCGCCAGAGAGGAGUCCGAUCCUCCUCUCCUAUGGGCAGGGUCAUCCUCAUUAAUGCACCUGUUGACGGUGGGGAUGAUAGCGAGGACAUCCACACCAUUACUGUGGACAAAAGCGAGGAUGGAAGAUUGGGCUUCAGUGUGCGUGGAGGAUCUGAACAUGGCCUAGGAAUCUUUGUCAGUAAAGUGGAGGAUGACAGCUCUGCAGAGUUGGCGGGGUUGUGUGUUGGGGAUAAGCUUGUAGAGGUGAACGGCAUUAGCCUGGAGAGCAUCACCAUGAGUAGUGCGGUAAAAGUCCUGACGGGAAACAAUCGGCUGCGCAUGGUGGUAAGACGUGUGGGGAAGGUGCCAGGCAUCCGCUACUCAAAAGAGAAGACAACAUGGGUAGAUCUGAUCCACCGAAGGAUGGUAGUGGAAGAGAGUGGUCGCACACCCUCAGAGGCCAGUUCAGAUGGAGCCCUGCGAAGAAUAGUGCACCUGUACACAACCUCGGAUGACUACUGCCUCGGCUUCAACAUCCGUGGUGGUAAAGAAUUUGGCCUGGGCAUCUAUGUCUCAAAGCUGGACCCUGGUGGCCUGGCUGAACAAAAUGGAAUUAAAAUGGGGGAUCAGAUUCUGGCAGCCAAUGGCGUGAGCUUUGAGGACAUCACACACAGCAAUGCAGUAGAAGUGCUGAAGAGUCACACUCACGUGAUGCUGACCAUCAAGGAAGCUGGAAGAUAUCCUGCAUAUAAGGAGAUGGUGGCGGAGUACAGCUGGCUUAAUAAAUUGGCUAAUGGGGGUCAGCCCUCUUCCUCUCAGGGUUCAGACUCCUACUCCUCCACUUCCUCUCUCUCUUCCGGAACACCAGUCAGCUCUCUUAGCGGUCUUUCGCAGGUCAUGUUCCCACCUGUAUUCGGCUCAGAGAUGGUAGAUGUCUGUAUCUCUACAGAGGACCGCUCACGUCGGCCCAGCUCUGAACGGAAAGAGACUGCAAUGCAGACUGACCCACCAGAGCCUGAUACCUCAUCGAGAGCUAGUAGGGUCAUAACCACAGAAACCAGCCGAACGGUGGGCGAAACUGUUCUUUUGAAAGAUACAGCAAUCCGUAGAGGGACCGCCCACCCUCGGACAAGAACCUUCUCUGCUGGGGAUAAAGAGACUCUGGACUCUUGUAAAACUGCAGUCCUGCUGGCUCUCAGUAAACCUCGGAAACCCAUCCGCCGAUCCCAAAGUCACAUCACUGUGUCACUCUUUUACAUGUUUCUGUAUGGAUGUUGAUCAGAGGACAAGCAGAAGAAAAAGAAACAUCAGAAGAACAAGGUAGAGGCAGAAGGAAGCACUCUGCAGCGCUCCAAAACCUUUGUCAGCCUGCUGUUUAAAAGUGGACGUAGGAGGGAAAGGUCUUCCUCUAGAGACAGGAAGGACAUGGGGAAAGGGGACGGACACAGAGGAAGAUCCAAAUCCCCCAAACAUUUAGACAACGAACCAGGUAAAGCACGAGGUCGACCUAUAAUUAACCUAUUGAGUUCUCCCAGAGAGACCCGAGCUGGUAUGAGGGAGCACAGCCCCAUGCCCAGCCCAAAGACUAUGGCCAUGAUGGAGGACACGGCUCGCAAACUGCUCAAUGAAGACGAGGUGGCUGCUGUCAUGAGACACUGUAAAAGGUUUCUGGCAGAGCGAGUGGUUGAGGAUCUGGUGCGCCCCCUGCUGGCCAUCUUGGACAAACCCGAGAAGCUUCUGCUGCUGAGAGAGAUCAGAAUGAUCAUCCCUCUCACAGAUCUAGGGCGUUUUGACAGUAUGGUCUUGCCCUUUGAGCUUGAAGCCUAUGACAUACUAAAAAGCCGCUCAGUGAGGUCUCCUGUCCUCCGUUCUCCUUGUCAUGGUGGAACGCCCCGUCGCCAUCUAAUAACACCCAUCCCAGACUACAGGGGUGGAUUCCACCUGCAGCCGGCGCAGGAUCUGGAGAGAGAACGGCAGUUCAUAGAAGAUCUGGAGCGACAGCGCUUGGCAAGCCUACCAACCGGUCGACUUCCUCCUCCUCGAGCUUUCACUCCCCUUUUGGAUGUACCCGUGGACACAUACAUCACAGACUCACUCCGUCAUCGCUCCUUGAGCCCUGCUCGGUCCAGCUGGUCACACUCAGAGUCCCCUCACAGCACAGAGGUUCAGGGACGCUCCCCGCGAAGAAGAGACAACGGUUUUCCCCUGACAUCACACCAUGACUCUUUAUCCAGUAGAGGUGAUUCUGUCCCAGAGAGGGGAAGGUCCCCUUAUAGGAAUGGACAUAGAGCGAAAACUGACAAAUCUCACAAUGGAAAGGAGGUGAAGUAUACUGUAAUGAGUGCACAUCGACGGAGCAGGACACCAUUGACCCAGGUGUUUGGGCCCAGCUCAUAUCAGGACUGGAGAGAACCAAUGAAUGGACACUCGGACAGCCAAGAAAGCCCACCAGAGAAAGAGGAUGAACUGACCACUGUUUCUAUUUCCAAGACCAAACAGUCCUUGGGUAUAAGCAUCUCAGGUGGGAUAGAGUCAAAGGUGCAGCCAAUGGUGAAGAUAGAGAAGAUCUUUCCAGGAGGAGCAGCCUCCACCAGUGAUGUUCUGAAGGCUGGAUUUGAGCUGGUGUCAGUAGAUGGAGAGUCCCUUCAAGGUGUCACACAUCAGCAUGCAGUGGACGCCAUUCGGAGGGCUUUCAGCAACAAGGCCAAAGACCCCAUGGAGUUCAUCGUCAAAGUUCCCAAGAACCCGAAGGUCUGACUGAAAGCAGACUGAAACCGAGAGAUGUGUUCAGAUGUUAUUGCUCUAAUGCUGCUGGGUAUAAACGAGGGCACAUGCCCAGAAGAAAAAUAAUGCCAUCAUGCAGUGGGGUGAGAUACAAACUCCUGAGCAAAAUGUAAAAAAAAAUGGGGCUUCCACAGAGUGCUACUGGCCAUUCACAGAUGCUGACAUUUGUACCUUCCUCAGUUGAGAGGUACAGUAUUUGUCUGGUAUUUGUGGAAUCUAUUCCUUUACAUUCUUUACAUGAGAUUUGACGAAACAGUCAUUCAUUUUCAUUUAGAACAUUAUAGGAUCAGAAACACUGUCUAAACAUGAGGUACUGUGAGUUUCUAUUUUUAGUUCUGGUUUAAACCUCAGCCAGCGAGAUAAUAGGCACACUGGCAUGACAUGCUGGUAAUCUGUCAUAACACCACACAUCCUGGAAAUAGUUACAUGAGGGACCUCUCCACAUUCAUGCCUGAAAGAGAUUAAACAAGGCCACGUUAUGGAUUUAGAUCCAGAUCAGGUCUUUUAAUAUAUAUAUUUUUUAACUCAUGGUUUGGUAUAGUGAAUGUCUAGGGGAUUAUUACAAAUUGUGGUUGAUCUCACUGCAGAUCCCUAUCUUACUCUACAUCCUGUGCUCUAAGUGAAUAUUUAAUUUUGCAACAAACCUGUAUGCAUACACACUUAGCAUUUUUGUAUUUGUGCCUUAAACCCGCACAAAAGGACAGUGCAAUUGAAAACUAUACUUUGUGAUCAUUGUAGGAUCAGUGUUAUAUACUGAACUUUUUCUGAGAGACUAUGUAAGCAUCUAAAAAAAGCAUG